UAAGGCUCGCAGCUCCCUCAGAGUUAGUGCUGCACAGGGCCAUUUUACCCCAUGCUGUGACUGCGGCCUCUGCUGCACAUUGACGGUGAUUAUUGGUGCAUGAUGUGUGCAUGGCGCCCUCUGGCAGUCGUUUCCUGUUCCUGCAGGCGUCAGCAGCUCCUGUCCUGCUGGACGGCUCCAGCACCUGACUCUCCUCCUGGGCAGGUGCAGAACGUGUUCACACCUGAGGCGGCUGGCAAGAGGCCAAGCUGUUCCUGUAACAUCUGAGGUCUUUCUAGAGAAACGAACCCGGAGGAGGAGGAAGAGGAGAGGGAGGAGGAGGAAGAGGAGUUUUGUUGAUUAUAAAAGGACUAACUGACAGAUCUCCAACCCUAAAGCCAGAUCACCUGUUGCUCUGUUCUCCGUCUGAUCGGAAGGUUUUCUCCAGAACUCGUGAGACCCUGAACCAGCAGCCAUGCCUGUUCACGGUGUGUGUAAGAACAUCAUGAGCGCUCGGCAGAAGGACCGCGGCUACGGGACGUCGCAGAAUCCGGAGCGGUUCCAACAGCAGGACUACCUGCAGCUGAAACAGUUCCUCCAGACCCAAAACAAGCUGUUCAGAGACGAGGCGUUCCCUCCAGACCAGCGCUCCCUGGGCCAGGGCAAGCUGGAUCCGGCGCAGCAGGUGCAGUGGCUCAGACCAAGGGACAUUGUGACCAAUCCAUUCUUCAUCCUCGAUGGCGUCUCCAGGUUCGACUUCGGUCAGGGACAAGUUGGAAACUGCUGGUUCCUGGCGUCUCUCGGAGCGCUGACCUUCCACAAAGAGAUCUUCGAGCUGAUUGUUCCUCUGGACCAGACCUGCCUGGGGAAGGACUACUGUGGGCUGUUUCACUUCAGGUUCUGGAGGUUUGGGAAGUGGGUGGAUGUGGUGAUUGACGACAAGCUGCCAACAGUCAACAGGAAACCCAUCUUUGCCCGUUCCAAAGACGAGUGUGAAUUCUGGCCCGCUUUGCUUGAGAAGGCCUACGCCAAGGUUUGUGGAUCCUAUGCGGAUAUGACGUCUGGGACUCCGGCAGAGGCCAUGAGGGACUUCACCGGCGGUGUCCACAUGUGCAUCCAGCUGUCAGAUCCUUCCCCUAAUCUCUGGAAGCUCCUGUGCAGAGCUGGACGCUCCAGGACGUUCAUGAGCUGCAGCACCAUCCCAAAAACGGAAGCAACUACUGGCGACAGGCUACCGAACGGACUGGUCCCGGGCCACGCCUACACGGUGACGGGUCUGAAAGAGCUGCAGAGCCAGGAGACGACGGUGAACCUGGUGCGCCUGUGGAACCCCUGGGGCCACGGAGAAUGGAUCGGAGACUGGAGCGACAAGUCUCCUCUGUGGCGAAGCGUCAGCACAAAGGAACGCGAAAAGUGCCUCACUGUGGAGAAUGAUGGAGAGUUUUGGAUGAGCCUGGAGGAUUGCUGCAGAUAUUACAACAACAUUGAAAUCUGCGGCAUGAGACCCGACUUCCUGGACGAAGACCCGGCCUGCCACUGGAAGACGUCGACUUACGAGAACCGCUGGGUGGCAGGAACCACGGCUGGAGGCUACAUCAACCACAAAGAGACUUUCUGGACCAAUCCCCAGUAUCGGAUCAAGGUCUAUGGAAAACCCAACUCCUCUCAGACCAAGAACACCCUGGUGUCUCUCAUGCAGAAGCCAGACAAGAGGAACAGGUGUUUGGCGCAGCUCUUCUUCAUCGGCUUCAUCAUCUUUGAGGUGUCAGAAAAAGAUGAGAAACGCGCCGGAAAGUUCCCAGCGUCGUUCUUCAGCAGCCAUAGACCUGUUGCCCAAACCAGGAAGUUGAUGAAGUCCCGUGAAGUGACGGAGUUCCUCACGCUGAAGCCUGGAGAAUACGUCAUCGUGCCGUGCACCGACAAGCCCAACCAGACCGCCUCCUUCCUGCUGACCAUCUUCUCCCGGGAGGAGACCUGCUGCUAUGAAAACUCUGGACACAGUUUUAACAAUCCAGUUGGAAAGGUGAAGAAAGAGAAAAACUGCCAGGAUGUUGAAAAUAAAAUGCUACUCUUCCGUCAGUACUCAGACAAGUAUGAAGAAGUCGACGCUGAGCUGCUGCAGCAGCUUCUGAAAGGUGACCUGAUAUCAGGAAGCUUCAGCAUCGACGCAUGUCGCAGCAUGGUGGCUCUGAUGGAUGAAUCUGGAGACGGGAAGCUGGACAGUCAGGAGUUUGGUUAUCUGUGGCACAAGGUUACGAAAUAUAAGCAAGUUUUUGCAAAAAUGGAUGUUUCCCAAACGGGAACGCUGUCACUGACGGAGAUGAGGAAAGCUUUGAGAGACUCAGGUAUGAGUAUCAGCGAUGAAUUGCUCAACCUGAUGGCGGUUCGCUACGGCGCCACCUCGGGUCACAUGACCCUGGAGAACUUCAUCAGCCUCAGCCUUCGCCUGAGCCGCAUGAACAAAAUCUUUACGGAGCUGUCGGAUGGGAGAAACGUCACUCUGUCCAUGUCAGAGUGGCUGUUCCUCUCCAUGUACACCUGAACCAGCAGGUAGAAGACAGGAGAGAAGAUCUGCAGAAACACUUUGUUGGAAUUUCAGAGGAAAUGUAGCUUUUUUUCUCUUCAUAAAAACCUUGUGUGGUGAUUUACUUCGACUUGUCCUCCUUUAAAUGGUUACAUUUUGAA